AUGCGGAGCGGCGAGGAGCUGGACGGCUUCGAGGGCGAGGCCUCGAGCACCUCCAUGAUCUCGGGCGCCAGCAGCCCGUACCAGCCCACCACCGAGCCGGUGAGCCAGCGCCGCGGGCUGGCCGGCCUGCGCUGCGACCCCGAAUACCUGCGCGGAGCGCUCGGCUGCCUCAAGGUCGCCCAAGUGAUUUUGGCCCUGAUUGCGUUCAUCUGCAUAGAGACCAUCAUGGAGUGUUCCCCGUGUGAAGGCCUCUACUUCUUCGAGUUUGUGAGUUGCAGUGCAUUUGUGGUGACCGGAGUCUUGCUGAUUCUGUUCAGUCUGAACCUUCACAUGAGAAUCCCCCAGAUCAACUGGAACCUGACAGAUUUGGUCAACACUGGACUCAGCACUUUCUUUUUCUUUAUUGCUUCGAUUGUACUGGCUGCUUUAAACCACAAAACCGGAGCAGAAAUUGCUGCCGUGAUAUUUGGCUUCUUGGCAACCGCGGUAUAUGCGGUGAACACGUUCCUGGCGGUGCAGAAGUGGAGGAUCAGCAUCCACCAGCAGAGUGCCAGUGACUACAUCCGAGCCCGCACGGAGUCCAGAGACGUGGACGGUCGCCCUGAGAUCCAGCGCCUGGACACCUGAGCUCCUGCCACACCCUCCUCCCUCCUGUCCUCGUGCCCAUCCUUUCAAACAAGUUUUCUUUCCCUCGUCACGUCAGACUUUCCCGUGAUUAAGUUGAAUUUUGCCCUCUUUGGUAAAAGUUCAUUCUGGGGAAGGGUUUUCAGAGCCCCCGUUGGCGGGUGUGUGAGGCAGGGAGCCCCCGUGCCCGGUGUGCGAAGCGGGUGGCAGAGGCCCAGUGCUCGGUGGCUGCGGUUGCCGCAGAGCUUCCCGGCUCCUGCAUCCGCCUUGGGUCUUCGCUGUCCCUGAGCACAGGCUUCGUAUCUGACUCCAAGCCACCCUGUCAUGUUUUUGUGACAACUCAAGACUUUGGAUGAAUGGGGGCUGCCGGGAGGGAGAAAAGUCAGGAAUGAAGGUGCGGGGUUCAAACAGUUGGCAGCCCCCUCGUGAGCUCCAGGGCGUCCUUUAGUCUUGCUGCCCGGACCUUCCCCUGCUCCUCGUCUUCCACUCCUGGGGCGUCAACACACCCAGCACAGGCCCAGAAAGCCCUGCGUGGCGCUGAGGGUCUUGGCAAUGGGAGCGCUUGUGGGGCUCUCGGCUGGACCCAGACUUUAUGGGGACGGAAAAAGCUGCUGCCCUCUAGGGACAGCUCUGCGGGACUGCUGACAUGCGGGAAGGUCCCCUUUCGUUUCCCACCCUGCUGAGAAAUCACUCAAUUCGAUCUGAAAUGCGUCACCUCCUUGAGUCCCAGAUUCUCCUCUAGGAAUAUGGGGGCUUGUUUUCCAAUUUAAUACCCACCCUUACUACUUGGAGGCUGAAUUGCAGACUUCCUGCAAUUUUGCCUUCUCAGGUAAAAGCCACAAAAAAAACCACAACCCCCCCCCC